CAAGUUUUAGGGCUGCGUAAAAAAAAAAAAGAAAAGAUAAUUUUAAAAAAAUGGGACAUGGGAAUGUUUUGUUUUGUUUUGGUCGCCUAAAACUGAAAAAUGUUCAAUUCAUUGGGCUGUUUGCGGCUGGUUAGCACAUCUGCCUCACAGUUCUGAGGACCGGGGUUCAAAUCCCGGCCCCGCCUGUGUGGAGUUUGCGUGUUGGUUUUCUCCGGCGACUCCGGUUUCCUCCCACAUCCCCAAAACACGCGUGGUUGAUCGAAGACUCUAAAUUGCUUUGUGAAUGGCUGUUUGUUUACAUGUGGCUUGCGAUUGGCCGGCGACCAGUUCAGGGUGUAUCCCGCCUCUCGCCCCGAAGAUCGCUGGGAUAGGCCCCAGCCUUCCUUUUGACCCUCGCGAGGAUACAGAAAAUGGAUGGCUCAAUGGCCUGUUGAUGAGCGUAGUCGUAUUUCUUGUCAUCAUGGCCCUUUGAUGUGGCCCAGCACGGCGUUCCUGUGGCGACGGCGCCCCUUUGUGGUGCUUUCUGAACUUGCUCGUGGCUUCCCUUCACGUCCAUCCAGCCAAAAGAGGGAUGCAGCCGUUCCAGUUCUUUGAGAUUGACUUCAUCGCGUGCACAAUCCAUAACAAGAAAUGCAGCCAAUAACGGACAUCAAUGUAAAUGUUAGUUUCGCGGAGUUGUGGACUGCAAACGGGGCGAGUCCCGCCCGUCUCCCACCCCAGCCACCACCUUCCGGACCAGUCUCGACAUCGACCUCCCGCCCGGGGAUUGGAGAGGCUGCAUGUCAGUAAAUAUUAGCCCCAUAAACGCCCACCCGCCCUGCCUCCUCCUCCGAUAACCGAGGACGGCAGACAGUGACGGAGAGAGCCAUCGCAAGCGCGCUCCUUACCUGGCUGGAAGGCAGGGAUGGACGGGCACAUGCGGCCCGCCGACGAAGGCCCCUCCGCGGUCAAGAUGAAUCGCCUCCACUGGAAGUGCGCCUCCAUCGAGCCUUCGCUUUUCACCGACGCUCGACAGUUCACGUUCCAGCCCGGGCAGCAUUUCCCUUUCCAGACGCAGAACCAGCUGAAGCCCCGCCACCACCACCAGAGGUUCCCCGGCGAGGGCAGGCCCAGCUGCGGGGUCCCGACAUCCACCUCCGCGGAGGCGGCGGGCGGCGUUGCUCUCGGUACCCGGCAGCGGCGCGCCAUCGUCGGCAUAGCGGAGUCCACACUCCCCGCUGGACGACCGAAGCAGGAAUCUCCAGUCUGCGCGUUCGGGAUCACUUCAGAGAACCGACUCAUCUUGGACGCCUUCGCCAAGGAGUGCAGCCGAGUGCUCAGCCUACUCAACAAUGGGCGGCUGCUGGAACCCUCGCCGUCCGUCCCCUCCAGCGUCAAGAUGGAGGAAGGUUCCGGCACCAUUCACGGCUCCAAACCUGAGGAGAGUUCCUCCUCCUCGUCCACUGAGCCAGAAGAGGAAGCGCAACAAAGCCAUUUGAACCAACAACAGACCUCUGCUGUUCUGCGCAUCUUCACAGACUCCCUGCACAGCUAUCUCCUCUCAGGGCAGCAGAAACAGCCUCGUCUUGUUUUGGGCUUGGAUGAGGAGCAGUGCCACUCAGGCGAGCCUGGUUCCGAGGUGUCACCCCCGAGACGCACCCAAGUGGGCUGGGGCUCCCCGACGCCGUCCGACUCGUACGGACACCCUUCAUCCACGCUGCCGGAAGAGGAGGACGAGGAGAGCUGCUGCCCGCGUUGCCUGGAACUGGAGCAGGAAGUGCUGUCACUGCAGCAGGAGAACGAGGAACUCCGCAACAAGUUGGACACCGUCCCAGUUCCCUGUCAAAAUGUUCUUGACUACUUCAAGAAUGUUGUUGAGUUUCGCAACCAGCUGGUGUCACCGAUACCAGAGGAGCCGCUCACUGAGGUGAGGUUAAAAUCAAAGUCUGAGAGUCUGUAUGUUUUGAGGUUGUUUGAAGUAAAAUUGCAUAUUCCUUCUUUGCAGGAAGAACAACAAACAAUCUUUGAGGGAAGCAAGCAGCUGCUGGAGAACUACCCGCUCUUCAUCACCAAUAAGCAGUGGGAAGAGGCGGUCAACUCCUCCAAGAAAGACGGCCGGCGGCUGCUGCGCUACCUGAUCCGCUUUAUCUUCACCACCGACGAGCUCAAGUUCUCGUGCGGCCUGGGCAAACGGAAGCGCUCGGUCCACUUGAGAGAGCCGGGCUUGGAGAGACGACCGCUCAACCCCGUCAAAGUCAGCUGCCUCAGAGAGUUUAUCCGGAUGCACUGCGCCUCUAACCCAGACUGGUGGAUGCCUUCGGAGGAGCAGAUCAAUAAAGUUUUCAGCGACGCCGUAGGCCAUGCUCGGCAAGGCCGCGCCGUGGGCACUUUCCUGGGGGGCGGAGGAGGUGCUAGCGUCCUCUACCUGGACAGCUUUGACGGACACCUGUCGCAGGACGAGCUCUAUUUGAAAGGUUGUCACAAUGGCCAGUUGGACUGAAGGACAGACAUCAAGUGUAGCUAUACAGCAACAUAUUCCAAGACAAUGACCUUAUCCUGUUACUUUACAAUAGAGAUGAGGAACCCUUUUCCUAUCAGGGGCCAAAUCCUUAAAGGGCCAUACUAAAUUCAUGAGAAAAAUAUGAAUGCCACGAUCAAACAAAUCUUUCCUAAUAUACAAUAUGAGAAAUUGUGUUUUUUAUUUUUAUUUUUUUUAAAUUGUUAUUAUUUUUUAAUAACAAUUCCUCUGAGGUCAUCCAAUUAUUUGUUAAUAGAAUGACGGCUGGAUCAGAUGCAGUAAAAUGCCCAUGAAUUGUAGGUUCCUUACUCCUGCUUUCCACAGUGGCAACUUUCCACAUGAAGAUAAAGUGCUUCUCCAUUUAUUGUGUUGCCCCGCAAUAGCUAAUUGCAGGAUAGACUUAAAGGAGUUUUGCACCAGA